CUGUAUCCAUGUAGACACUCUAAUCUAAUCGAAAUAGAAUACUAUAGUUCUGUGUAUGGAAUGGCAAUCUACAGUGCUGAAAGUAAUUCUUACUAAAUAUAUUUGCAUAACCAAUCAUUCGACUACUCGUCGAAUUGCAUUCGUUUUCUGAGGUUUGUUAUAAUAGACGCAACAGCAAGAAGCACCUGACUAUGGUUACAUUAAAAACCAGAAUAAUGUUAAGCCUCGAGAAAUUCACAUUUGGACAUUAUGACUAUCGAUCGGCUAAGUGACGUUCUAAGAGAUUUGGCAAUAACUAGUCCAGAAUGUUCAAUUAACUGGUGCACAUCAAAGCUAUGUGAAUAUGAAAAUUCGAAAAAUAUUUCUGACAAAGAAAAAACUGUUUGUUUGAAUAUGGAGAAAGUGACAUGUGAACAGAUUACUGCUCAAUAUCAAAUAGAUGAAAAUGUGAAUCAUCGAAAUUUACCAGAUAUAGAUGUGUACGUAUGGAAAUUAUGUAUCUAAUGUUUUUUUUUUCUUAAUCAAUUCUACAAAUUUCACCGAACUAGUAUCAAAUUAAUGUGAUUGUCAACUUUUCUAUUUUACAUUCAGUUAGGACUCGAUCAAUCAUAUCAGCAAAAUAACUUAUGCUAUGAUUUUUUUCACAUAUAUUCAAUCAUUUUGAGGCGAUACAACUAGUGACAUCAUCGAAAGCUAGUUGUGUAAUAUUGUACAUUGAUGGAAGUUAGACAUGUGAAUCACUAGACCGUCUACUCGAUGUUCUCAAAGCUAAGCCGCUGUCACGAGGUCUCAAUGUCAUGGUUUCGAUCCUCGAGAGGAUACCACAGUAGUAAAAAGUUCAUACUUUUAAUGAUAACACUUUCAUCUUCUGACUUUUCAGGGGUUGUUCUUUUACUAAGACGUUCACUUGUUGACUCUAAGUUUGGAGAUAAAAG